GGAGAAAAGGACAUUUAAGUCCACAGGCCUUGCUGCAACUCUGUCCACAGUGGUCCAACGACCAGGCCUGUCCACGUCGCAAGGGUAGAACGUACUCCCAUCCCAAGAACCCCCUGAAAUCCCAAGAACGCUCCCCAGGCGGGUGCGAUUCUGGACCACACCGCUGCGGACCUAGAGUCUGGCUCCGCCCCCGCGGGACUCGGGGGUUUCAGCUCUGCCCCUUCCACUUCCCGAAAGGGCGGGCCACAAGCGCAGCGGUCACCCAGCGGCUACCCGACUGGCUUUCACGUGCGCUCCGCGGCUCAAGAACACCUCUUCGUCCGGAACUUCCUGGGGCGGCGGCCAAUCACAGAGUCCUUCCUGUCCGUCCCUGUCUCAGCCGGCUGCCAAUCGGAGCUUCUCCGCCAACGCCCCUUAAAGGCGCCGCCGCUGCCGCGGAGCCCGGCGAGCCACUUGAGGUUCCGGCCCCCACCCGCAGUAUGGAGGCCGGCCGGGGGCGGCCCGGGCCGGAACCGGAGCUGUCGGCGGCAGCCGACCCUCAGGCCGCGGUUUUCAGCGACAAGCCGGUCCGAACGCCCUCGAAGCCGCCGCCCUCCGUGGUGCGGGGGUCCGGGGAGGAAGAGGCUGAGAACGUUGGGGUCGCGAGCCGUCACCCGCGAGCGUCCCCGAAGACGUCGAGCGGCAGCAUCGUCCACCGGCCGGAGCUGGACGCUCGCGAGGUCCAGCCGGGCCUCCGGGCGACGCCGUCACGGGCCGGGGGUCUCCGGGGGCCCGCGGGUUCCGAGCACGCCCCGCCCCCGUCCUCCUGCCACCGCGAGCCGGAGCCCAGCGAGAACCAGCCUUCCGCCCCGAGCGUCUGCCGUCGGGGGAGCCCGGGCGGCGUCGAGAUGAACGUGGAGCCGCCGCUGCAGGAGAGUGAAGAGCCCGACGAAGAGGAGGAGGCGGCGGCGGCGGGUCGGGCUGGCCGCUCGUUCCCCAGCCGCCUCCAGGACAGCCGCAGCCUGGACGGGCUGAGUGGGGCGUGCGGCGGAGGGGGAGCCUCCGCCAGUGGCGAGGCCGGCGCGGGCGGAGGACGACGCGCCACCAUCUCCAGCCCCUUAGAGCUCGAGGGCACGGUGAGCCGCCACGGCGACCUCACCCACUUUGUCGCCAACAACCUCCAACUCAAGAUCCGAUUGAGUGGCGCCCCACCGCCCCUUCCCCCGGCCUCUGUGCGGCCCUGCCUGACGCCCGCACCCACUCCCACUAUCCCUCCCAUCGACCCCGACGUGCUGCGGGAUCUGGAGCGGCUGAGCCGCGACCUGGGCGGCCGGGUGGACCGUCUGCUUCGCGGGCUGGGGGGUGCGGUGCAGGAGCUGACAGCCUUGAGCGUGGGCUGUAUCCAGACCUACCGCGACGCGGUGGAUUCCUUAGGCGAAGCCGUGGACAUGAGCAUCAAGGGCAUGUACACCUUGCUCGCGCGCUGCGAGGAGCUGGAACGGGCUCUGCAACCGGUCCAGGGGCUGGCACGCCAAGUCCGAGAUAUCCGACGCACUCUGGAGGUGUUGGAGGCCCUAUGCAAGUGACCAGGAGCACAGAGGAGAGGCCAUGCCUAACCUGGCCAGGCCAGGGUCCAGGAGGACCCUAAGGAUUCUUCAAGGAGCCCUGGUGGAGACUGCCGGCUGUGGGGGAGGCCUGUGCGUUAGAGGUUCUUCCACAAGCAUUUAGGUGGCCUGUGCCCAUUCUGAGCAUACGGAGUGUGAAUGGGGAAGUUGUAACGAUUUUCCUGGUGGGAAGGGAUGUAGCUCUGCUUCUAUUCUGUUGGCCAUCUGUAGCUACCCUGUACCUCCUGACUCUUCUCCCUAGCUAGACCGCCAUCCUUGGGAACACAGGCCCGUAGAUCUCUGCUGGGGCGUGGGGCAGACCCCCACGUGUAAUGAGAAGAGAGAGGAAGUGGCCACAGCCCGCUGUGGCUGUCCUGAUUCCAGUGAUCGGAUGUCAAGUUCCAGGGGCUUUCGGGGCUCGAGUGGUCCUUGGCCACACACCAUGCAGGCCCGGGCGCACAUCUGCAGAUGCAUAACAUCCUGCUGCUUCCCUCUGGUCCCUAGAAUGCCACGGGGUGGAGCUGACAGGAGCACGUUCUUGGCGGAGGGGGUGAGGUGGGAGGUGUCUCACUGCCCUCGGUUCAGGUAGAAUUGUUGCUGGGUUUGAAGCCCACCUGUUGGGGAGUAUUCUAAUCAGUUUUGGCUUUCUGAGUUUUGUGGAAUUAAAGUGCCGCUGCUGCUAA